AUGAAUAUUAUUACAAAGAUUAUCGAUAGUUUGAAAGGAGUGUAUGCCAUGACUGAGAACAAUGAAGAGACUAAUACAGAAAAAAAUAUAUUAGACAAAGAGUUAGAGGACAUUGGAUAUUCAGUUGAUGUAAAUAUUGAAGGAGCAGAAAAACAUAUAGAAGAGGGAAUUAAUGCAGGGAAGACCGAGUCAGUAUUGCUUUCACUUAAAUCACAUGUUAGUGUGGAAAAAGAUCCA